AUGUUGGAGAAGGACGAUCCUGCCACCGAUGAUGGUGCUGGUGGUGCUGGUGACAGUGGUGCUUCUUUUUCUGAGACUUUUCUAGCUCAAGCCCCCCAGAAAACAUUUUCACGGUCUGAUUCAAGAACCAUGGUACCAUCUCAUGACCUGGAUGGUGGGAAUGAAAGUUUGGAUCAAAAUGAUGAUAAGGGUGGGGAUGGUAGGCUUAAUGUCCAUUCGAAUCUCAGAACACGGGGACGUAUCAGGAGUAAGUCGCAUUUGCCGCCCUUGCAGCCACUGACAAUUUCUCAGGGACAGUCAAAUGUGUGGCCAGGACCUGGUGCUGAUGAUGUUAGGAAGUUGCUUCCAUGCACACCAGGUGGGAGAUAUACGAGUGAUGGAGGUGAGCGAUCAAAACUUGAUUUGUCAUCUGGUACUGGUAAUCUGGAUAAGAAUAGUGGGCUUUCUAAGAAAGACAAUAUUGCUAUGUUUGAUAAGGAAUGUUCCAGGGUUGCAGAACAUAUUUAUCUUGGGGGCAACGCAGUUGCCAGAGAUAGGGAGAUGCUAUUAAAGCAUGGAAUCACCUAUAUUUUGAACUGUGUUGGUUUCGUCUGUCCAGAAUAUUUUAAGACAGAUUUCGUGUAUUAUACUCUGUGGUUACAUGAUAGCCCCUCAGAAGAUAUCACUAGCAUAUUGUAUGACGUAUUUGAUUACUUUGAAUAUGCGAGGGAACAGCAGGGACGUGUUUUUGUUCAUUGUUGUCAAGGGAUCUCUCGUUCACCAUCUCUGGUGAUUGCUUACCGCAUGUGGAGAGAAGGUCAAAGUUUUGAUGAAGCAUUUCAGAAUGUUAAGGCAGCUAGGAAAGUUGCUGAUCCAAAUAUGGGUUUUGCAUGUCAGCUGUUACAGUGCCAGAAAAGGGUGCAUGCUUUUCCUUUGAGUCCUAAUUCGUUACUGAGGAUGUACAGGGUUGCUUCUCACUCUUCGUAUGAUCCGUUGCAUCUUGUGCCAAAAAUGCUAAAUUCUCCUACGCCAGCUGCUUUGGAUUCUAGGGGUGCAUUUAUUAUACAUAUACCAUCUACUAUCUAUAUUUGGAUUGGUUUGAAAUGUAAUACUAUCAUGGAAAGAGAUGCAAGAGCAGCUGUUUGCCAGAUGGUUCGAUAUGAGAAAUUAAAGAAAUCCGUUGUAGAUAUAAAGGAAGGACUUGAACCUUCACACUUCUGGGAUGCUUUUUCCACUCUGCUUCCUCUAAUGGAAAAAUCCUGCGAUGGGGUGGAUGUUACUGAGUCAUCAAAGAACAUUAUUCCAGGCGAGAGACAAGUGAGUUCGUACACUGUCGAAUUUGAGGUAUUUCAGAAAGCAGUUGUUGGGGGAUUUGUUCCUCCAUCUGGAGCAUCUGAGACUGACAAUGAAACACACCUUCCUGUCAGAGAAAGCUGUUGGAGUACUCUAAGGCUUAAGCAUAUCUGUGGCAGCAUGGAGGAGUUUGCUUCAGCAUCAAAACCAUCUUUAUCCGGAUUCUAUCCAGACUCUGGGUCGGAACUCCGUGCAGAAAAUUGUCCUAACCAAAAUCAACUGGUUGUAUAUAGGUGGCCUGGUUUGGAGAAGAUGGUGACAUUUAGUUCGGCUGAUUUGGACUCCAAAGAUAUAUUCAUCCUUGUCUCAGCUUCAGGCUUAAGAACUUCAAUGGAGCAUAGGGUUCUCUAUUUCUGGGUAGGAAAAAGUUUCAGUAAUGAUAAUGGAAAGAGGCUAUUAAAGGCAGACCAUGAUAUUGGUGUGUUAGAAGAGAUUAACUGGAAUGAAGUUUGUGUGGAUGUGAUUAGUAAAAUGGGCUUGCCCAACGACACUGAGUUCAAGAUUGUGAAACAAGAUGAAGAACCUGAAGAGUUUCUUGCGCUAUUGGAUUCUUUGUAAAUUGAAAAUCUUGCCUGGUUGACGAUGUGCACAAUCCAGUGAUCUCGCAUUUGUCCGUUUCUUCAGCUUUACAUAGCAUGUGGUUGAAACUUGUCCAGCAUUCCAGUGAAUCCAACCGAAGAUCUGGCG